UUUCUCAAUUCAUUCAGAUAUUUUCACAAAAUUACAAAAGACAUGUAACAAUAAAUAAACCAAACACUUUUUUCUUAUUUUCUUCAUUAGUUUGUUCCGACAUUUUCAUCAACAUGGCUACAACAAUUGUGAAGCUUCAUGUUUUUCCAGAGUGUAAUCUGAACCAGCACAAGCUUAGGAAGGGAUUUGGUAGUAAUUCUUCAUCUGGGGUGUUUGGUUUUGGCCAUAAUUUUGAUGGGUUGUCUUUGAAAAAGUGUAGGGCUUUCAAGGGUGAAGAUGGUGGUGACAGAAAGUUUAGAAAUUUGAAGAAAAAUGAAGUGAAAGUUGAAAGGAAAAAUGGGUUUUGGAGUUCUUUCAGGAAUGUUUUGUUGGGGAAGUCCAUGAGGAGUUAUAAGUUGGAUGAUGAUGAGUAUCGUCAAGCUGUUGUUAGGGUUGAUGAGGUUCUAUCUAAGAUUGCUAUUCAAAUUGGAAGAUAUAUUGUGACCAUGAUGAGCACUGGUGUCAUCCUUGCAAUUGGAUUUCAGAUGUCAGGUGGAGAUAGUCAGAUGGAUGCACUGAUAUGGUAUAGUUGGCUUGGAGGAGUUAUCAUUGGGACAAUGAUAGGUGCUAAUUGGGUGUUGGAUGAUUAUUGUCGCGAAGGUCCGCGGAAUGUUGUCAUUACUGGAAGUACACGGGGAUUAGGUAAAGCCUUGGCGCGGGAGUUUCUUCUUUCGGGAGAUCGUGUAAUAGUUACAUCUCGAAGCCCUGAGUCGGUGCAAGCAACUGUCAAAGAGCUUGAGGAAAACCUAAAGGAAGGCAUUGCCAAUGCAGUUGGCUCAUCUUUGACUAAGCUUUCUCAGGCAAAAGUAGUAGGCAUUGCUUGUGAUGUUUGCGAGACUAACGAUGUUCAAAGAUUGGCAAACUUUGCACUUAAUGAGUUCGGAUAUAUUGACAUUUGGAUAAACAAUGCUGGAACCAAUAAAGGUUUUAGACCCCUGCUUCAAUUUAGUGAUGAAGAUAUUAAACAGAUUGUCUCAACAAAUUUGGUCGGUUCUAUCCUUUGUACCCGAGAAGCCAUGCGUAUUAUGAGAAACCAAGCAAAGCCAGGCCACAUAUUUAAUAUGGACGGUGCAGGUUCCGGAGGUUCUAGCACACCUCUAACAGCUGUCUAUGGUUCGACAAAGUGUGGUCUAAGGCAAUUUCAUGGAUCACUAUUGAAAGAGUGCAAGCGAUCGAAAGUAGGUGUCCAUACAGCGUCUCCAGGCAUGGUUCUCACAGAACUUCUUUUAAGUGGUUCAACUGUUCAAAACAAGCAAAUGUUUAACAUUAUAUGCGAGCUUCCUGAAACCGUUGCUAGAACGCUAGUUCCGCGGAUGCGAGUUGUUAAGGGAACAGGCAAGGCCAUCAGUUACUUGACUCCUCCAAGAAUCUUACUUGCCUUGGUCACUGCUUGGUUACGGCGAGGCCGCUGGUUUGAUGAUGAGGGAAAAGCAUUAUACGCAGCCGAAGCAGACCGACUUAGAAACUGGGCCGAGAAUCGCGCACGGUUCUCCUUCACCGACGCAAUGGAAAUGUACACAGAAAACACUUGGUUAUCAGUCUUCUCACUCUCAGUUGUCUGUGCCUUCAUAAUUCUUUCUAGCACUGCCAGCAAUUUACCAGGAACAUAAUAAUAUCUUGAUGAUGCAAACUUGAAAGUGCAAAGUGCUUAUAUUGUAGAGGCAUGCAAUUCAUGCCUUAAAUCAUCAAAACAAAGUAGAAUGAACCUAAACCAUAAAACAAGGUGGAUCAUUUUUUCCAACAUGUCCACCUAGACAACUUCAAACAGUUAUCUUUUGACAAUUUUUUUUUAGUUGUUUUGUAAUCUUUUGUGGUAUGUGUAUUGUGUAAGAUCCAUGUAUAGGCUUUAAUGUAAUCAAGCAUUCCCCAUUGUGAUGCUUAUAGUCAUAAUACCAAGUUAUGUACUGUGUAAUGUAUAGAUUUCAUUAAAUUUGUAGACUGUAAUAUGAUCUCAUUUUCAUGCUUU